GAUACUGUGAGGCUCAUGUCAGUAGCGCUAAAACCCAAAGCAAAGGCGCGCACCUUCCUCACCCACGCCCUCUCUCUCCGCCAGACCGCCAUGCAUCGCGCCGCCUGCCUCCUCCUCGCCCUGGUCGCCGUGGCCUUCGGCCUCAACGGCUGGGAGUUCCCUAUCCUAACGGAGGAGUACCUCUCGGCGCCGCUUCAGACCUCCUUCACCUGCGACGGCCGCUCCUACGGCUACUACGCCGACGUCGACAACAACUGCGAGGUGUACCACGUGUGCCUCCCGCUUGAAGACGACGAGGGCGCCGUCUACCAGACCGCCCACUUCUCGUUCAUCUGCGGCAACCAGACGGUAUUCAACCAGGAGACCCUCACAUGCGCCUCCCGUGACCUCUCCUUCCCUUGCCCCGAAGCCCCGUCGCUCUACGACAUCGUCAACGCGGAGUUCGGAAGGGUCCCCGAGCCCGUGAGUUAAGCUCGCCCGCUCGUCAGCUACGGCAGGUACCUUGUCAUCCUCGAUAAGUGCCUCGUCAGCCCCGGCAGGUGCUCGCCAGCUAUGACAGGUGUUUCGCCAGCCUUGACAGGUGCCUCGGCAGUCUUGACAGGUGCCCGAUCCUCGACUCCGCCACUCCGUCGUCCUUCCUCUCUUCCCCCACAAGCCCUAGUUGAUCUAGGCCUUCAUGUGUAAUCGCAGUUGAUCUGCCGUGUACAUAAUAAAAUUCCCCGUUUACA